AUGAAUCUGACCUCCAUCGAGCUGCGUGGCUACAAGCCGGUCUAUGCGUUUCUGCAAAACAUGCUGUCCGGUUGGCGUCUUCUGCCUCCGGGCAAACCGGGCUCCCUGGCCGAGUGGCAGUUGAAACCGGACACCUACAACCUGACGCUGGACUACCUCAACAUUCUGCGCUACAAAACGGCCGUUAACCUGUUCGGCUUGACGGUCAAGCAAGACGCCAAAAACUCAUCCAUCUUCCGAAUACAUGCAUCAUCAUUCAGGCGGAGUGGAAUGCAGUUUCCACCUCGCCUAGGUCUUAUCAACCCUCCCAACGGUACUCGAGCCACACUCGACUCGACACUGCUCAGUGGCUACCGUGUCGAGAUUAUGCACUGUACUACCACAAACCGGGUUCGAGUCCCGCUGGGGGUGAUGAUAGGGUCUAGGCUUGGUCGAAAUUGGCAUGAGCUCAGUUUUACAGUUCAGUUAACAUUCAAGGAAGCCGCGUCACUGCGCCCUGGUUUAUUGCAGUCAUUUGGGCUUACAGCAUCGGACUCUCGGCAGGUUACAUUCCCAGACGUCUCACAUGUCGCUUUGAUCGGUUGGGAUCUACUGCCGUGUCUGGCCUUGGUCGUCGAGUGUGCCGACUGUGCGGCCAACGAGAGUGCUGUUAGUGUGUUCGUUCAUGUGUACGAGGCUAUAAAAAUGCAUGCCAACAGUGCACUGCCGGCCAAUUCGGACAACCUCGCCAAUCUGGCGGUCCUAUAA